AUGUGGCCAUUCUCAUCGGAACCAGAAGUAAACGUGGAGAACAACAUCUCCACACACAACGCGAUCGGGUACUCGAUCGACGCGUUGUUCGUGGUCAUCAUCAUCAUCAUAAUCAUCGUUUGGCGAUGGCGACGAAAUGUGCGCCGUCUGCAGAAAAUGGAAGAAUUGGCGGCACGGCUCGCUCGGGAACGAGCUUCGAGUGAUGCCCCAGCAGAGCCGAAGAAUCGUUUGGUCAGCCGCUCGAAACUUCAUCGCAGUUUUGCCGCCCAGCAGCAGCGAAGGAUUCCGGAUUUUCGCCCUCCAGUAGGAUUACCGGUAGUUCCAGUCGGUGAGAACGACGGAAUGGCACCGCUCAAGAAGGCACCCAAGAGCAUUAAAUUAAAAUCUUUGGUUCGCCGUCGUAGUAACAUUAUCGGUGCUGCCCAACUGAUAAAACGCUUUGAUGAUGACUUUAUUGAAGAACAAAGAGGGCAAUUGCCUGUUAGAAUUGAACGACUCGAAGAGUUAUUUCGCGAAUUCGAGCACAUUCAAGACGAAAUAGAAGAUUUGGAGGAUGAAUUAGAAGAAUUUUGUGAUCAGCGUCGAGAAUUGCAUAACCUAUAUUACGAGUUGAAGUCAUCAUUGCAAUCCAAAUUAUCUUCCGGACAAUUCGCACAUAAUCCUACUUCUAACAAUCAAACCGAUUCAGCACCACCUAUAGCAAAUGUUCGACUUCCAGAAAUAAGAUUGUCGGAAUUUUCUGGUGAAUUUGGAAAAUGGGAAGCCUUUCGUGAUCUUUUUACGUCGCUUAUUCACAACAACAGUUCCCUGCCAGCAGUGCAGAAAAUGCAUUACCUACGUGGUGCCCUAACUGGCGAAGCAUCGCGCAUUAUAUCGUCCUUGGAAAUUUCGUCUGUGAAUUAUACUAUUGUAUGGAAGCUGUUGAAGGAACGAUUCGAAAAUUCUAACUUUUUGAUUAAAAAUCAUAUGGCAGGCCUUCUUUCUGCAACACCACUUAAGAAGGAAUCAUCAUCUGGGCUUUCGGAACUGGCUGAUGAGUUUGAUCGUCAUGUUCAGUUAUUAGAUAAACUUGAAAAUCCUGAAGUUCACUGGAACUCUUUUUUGGUUGAACGUCUGAGCCAAUGUCUUGAUCCAGCUUCUUUGCGUGAAUGGGAAACUACUAAUUCGACUACGGUUCGACCCACUUAUAAACAACUUCUGGAGUUUAUUCAUAAAAGAUCACGUCUUAUUCAAACUCUAAUGCUCUCCCAAAAUAAUCCUUCCCACUCCGAACCACCAAAACCAAGUAAGUCGCGCCUCACCACAGCCCACGUUGCCUCUGAUAACAUCCCAAGGUGUGUUUGCUGCAAAAGGGCACACUUUUUAUUCCAAUGUUCCCAAUUUACAAAUGACUUCACACCUCGUCAACGCUUUGAGAUGGUGAAGAAAAAUGGGCUAUGCAUCAAUUGCAUGAAGGGAACUCACCUCGCGAAGGAUUGCUCCAGUGGGUCUUGUAAAACCUGCUCUAAAAAACACCACACUCUGCUGCACCUACCUCCAUUCACACCACACGGGCAGCAGACCUCGCAAAGGGCAGCAAUCCCUUCGCAAAGCUGCUUAUCGCAGCUCGAGUCGUCGGCCGGUAGCUCAGCGCUUGAGCAGUCACACGCUUCACCACCCGCGAACUCGUCGCCCGCUUCUGAUUCGAUUCCUCCCACUUCGUCGCGUUUAACGUUAAAUUCAGAUUCACUACCUCCCACUACCGCCUGUCAAAGUGCUGAAGUUAAAUCGAAUUCUGGAAGUUUCGUCAUGCUGUCAACUGCAGUGAUCAAAGUUCUUGAUGCUGAUAACAAAUACCAAUUCGCCAGAGCACUACUGGACAGUGGCUCUCAACCAAGCUUUAUUUCCGAGUCCCUCUGCCAGCGACUUCGGUUGAAACGAAAUAAGCUUAACUCACCUGUAAGCGGUAUUGGUCAAUCAUCCGUGAAUGUCCACUUUGGCGUGACUUUGUCCAUUGCUUCUCGCUUCGGGGGCUUCGAAACUAGCUUGCAGUGCCUUGUGCUUCCUAAAUUAACGGUUGACUUGCCCAGUCAUCACAUUGAUGUUACUCGUUGGCGCAUACCUCGUCAUCUGCCGCUUGCCGACCCUCAAUUCAACAUUCGCCAAGGUAUCGACCUCAUCUUGGGGGCGGAGUUGUUCUUCGACCUGUUACAACAACAGCGCUUCUCGUUGCCAUCUGGGUACCCGUCGCUACAGAAGACCGUUCUGGGUUUCAUCGUCUGCGGUAAGGUAUCAGCUCCAGCCCCCCAACGAGAUAACACUCUAACCAGCCAUGUUUGUUCCGACGAAGCUCUUAACGUUCAACUUGAAAGGUUUUGGGAAGUAGAAAAUUUCGACGAUGGCAAGGCAUUGACGACUGAAGAGCUGAGCUGCGAAGAGCACUUCAAGCAAACUGUGCAGAGAGAUGAUUCCGGAAGAUAUGUCGUUCGUUUACCCAUGCGCACAGAGAUGGUUUCGUUGUUAGGAGAUUCGUACGCCGUCGCACUCCGUCGUUUCAAGUCAAUGGAACGAAAGUUUGCCGCAGAUGAACACCUUCGCCAAGCCUACGUCAAUUUCAUGGCUGAUUACGAGAAGCUUGGACAUAUGGAGGUGAAUCUUCGCGCGUCGUGUAGCCCACAGUUCUUUCUACCCCACCACGCCAUCCAUCGCCCUGAAAGCACCACUACGAAAAUCAGAGUCGUGUUCGACGGUUCUUGUCGUGGUUCCACUCAUUUGUGCCUUAAUGAUGUUCUCUACACUGGUCAUUCCGUGCAACCAGCUUUGUACGCCACCGUUAUUAACUUUCGAAUGCCUCUCUACGUCGUUACUGCCGAUAUUGAAAAGAUGUUUUGCCAAAUUUGGGUCCACCCAAAAGAUCGAAAGUUCCAGCAAAUUCUUUGGAGAGCCAGGCCGUCAGAACCAAUCAGCACGUACACACUCAACACCGUUACAUACGGUCUCGCCAGUUCGCCAUUUCACGCUACUCGAAUUCUCGAACAGCUAGCUGCCGAUGAAGGAAAAUACUACCCAUUGGCUGCCCAGAUCUUACGAAACGGAACCUACAUGGACGAUAUUCUCACAGGUCACAACGAUCCGAAAACUCUCGAAGAUAGCUGUCACGAACUCAUCGAAAUGCUCUCAAAGGCGGGCUUCGUUUUGCGGAAAUUCGCCACAAAUGACCAGUCAAUACUGUCCAAAAUACCAUCCGAAUUGUGGGAAAUGAAAAACGUCUUGGAGCUAGACAGAACAGCCGCAAUAAAAACCCUGGGUCUCCUUUGGUUUCCACAUAGCGACAGCUUACGAUUCAAGGUACCUGUCCUUCCUGAAUCAAGCGGUAUCACCAAGCGCAUCGUAGUGUCGGAAAUGGCGCAGUUAUUCGACCCCCUGGGCUUGUUAAGUCCUGUAGUAAUGCAAGCUAAAAUGUUCGUGCAAAGGCUCUGGGCGGAGCAUCUACCUUGGGACACAGAACUCGCAGAAGAUCUCAGUAGUUGGUGGAAGCAAUACCGUAGCACUCUCCAGCGGCUCCUGGAUAUCGAAAUUCCACGCAGAGUGAUAGGAAAUACUCACCAUCAAUACACCCUCCACUGCUUCUGUGAUGCUUCAAAGGGCGGUUACGGAUGUAGCAUCUACGUCGUUUCGCCGGACUUGUCUGGAACGCUUCAGUCUCGCCUACUUACGUCGAAAUCUCGCGUCGCCUCCCUGAAGGGUCAUUCCAUCCCUCGCUAUGAGCUCUGUGCUGCACUGUUGGGAAGUCAGUUAGUAGACAACCUUCGUAAAACCACCGUUUACACGCAGCCGGCAAUAUUCUGGUCGGAUUCGACAAUUGUGCUUUAUUGGAUUAAGUCACCGUCACAUAAAUGGAAGGUAUUUGUGUCAAAUCGCAUAGCCGAAAUUCAGCGCCUCACGAAAGAUUGUCAAUGGAGGCAUAUACCAACGGAGUUGAAUCCUGCCGACAAGGUUUCCCGAGGCGUUCUUGCGAGCGAGAUUGUCGGAGACGAAUUAUGGUGGCAUGGUCCGGGGUUUCUAACCUCCCCUGUAGAGCAAUGGCCCGAUUCGAAGGUUUGUGUGGAGAAUUUUCCCGAGCAAGAUUGCGAAGCACAAGUUGUGGUAUCUCUUCACAGUCAAUAUCUUGAGACAUCACUCAUAGAUCGAACGUCAGAACUUGCAAAGCUUUUAAAGAUUGUGGCAUUCUUCUAUCGUUUUCACAAUAAUUGUCGUCUCGAAGAAUCUAAGCGGUACAAAACUAGUCUCACACCUUCAGAAAUCGAUCACGCAUUGAAAGUUCUCAUUCGUAUGGUACAAAGAAGUACCUUCCACCUGGAAAUGCAGAUUUACGAUCUCAAACGUACAUCUUCCUCAACUAAGACGGUCAGUUCGAAGUCCCCGCUAAAGAAUCUGAACUUGUUCAUGGACGAAUUUGGCUUGCUCAGAUUGAACAGUCGUCUUACAAAUCGAAAUGCUCCCUUCGACACCAGAUGUCCAAUACUACUGCCAGCCAAACAUCGACUUUCCUGGUUGAUUGCAAGAUCGAUUCACCUUCAAACAUUCCACGGUGGACCUGGUCUGGUUCUUGCUACGCUGCGUCAGUGCUUUUGGCCGCUCCAGGGUCGAGUUCUAGUCCGAAGCAUCGUUCGUCAGUGCAUAACGUGCUUCCGCUGCAAUCCAACGCGUAGUACCCAGAUGAUGGCACCUCUACCCGCAGUUCGCGUUACACCUGCUAAAGUCUUCGCAUACACUGGACUAGACUACUGUGGGCCGUUCAACGUGCGUCCGUUAAGUGGGAGAGGCUCGUCGGUCAAAAUGUACGUCGCGCUCUUCGUUUGUUUUGUGGUGAAGGCUGUGCACCUCGAAGUUGUGGCGGAUUUGACGUCGGUCGCGUGCAUCAACGCCAUCAAACGCUUUGUGGCAACCCGCGGCCGAGUGUGCGAAAUACACUGCGAUAAUGCGACCGCUUUCGUCGGGGCGGAUCGUGAGUUGCGCGCGCUUCGUCGACAGUUCCUGCAGCAGUUUAAAACUCCGGAUUGGGACAAAUACAGCUUGGAUAGUGGAAUCACCUUUCGUUUCAUCCCUGCCCGGUCACCACACUUCGGCGGACUCUGGGAGGCAGGAAUAAAAUCGUUCAAGUAUCAUUUCCGCCGUAUCGUCGGACAAAAAUCCUACAAUGUCGAUCACUUUCUAACUAUAGUCACCCAAACCCAAGCUAUUUUGAAUUCCCGACCAAUAGCCUCCCAUCCUGAUCAUCCUCAAGACCUAGAGCCCUUAACACCCGGUCAUUUUUUGAUUGGGGAACCACUAAUUUCGAUCGCCGAACCAGAUAUAACUGAUUUGAACCCAAAUCGUCUCAAUCGCCUGCAGGACAUGAAACGAACUGUUCAAGAUUUCUGGCGCAGGUGGGCCAGAGACUACACGAGUCAGCUACACCAACGCAGCAAGUGGAAGCAGCCAAGUUCUAAUGUCCAAGUUGGUCAAUUAGUGCUUCUUCAACAAGACAACCUUCCCGUUCUGCAGUGGCCUCUCGGGCGUGUCGAAAAAAUAUUUCCUGGUAACGAUGGUCGAGUACGAGCGGUGCUGGUCCGCACAGCUCAAGGGCAGUACAAACGUGGGGUCACCGAAAUCUCCAUUCUUCCAAUCGACCCAGACGAAGACGAAGGAAAGGUGACAACUGACGAAGGUUUAUCGGAAGAAACACAGUUGAACGUGGCAGUUCAACGCCGGCCGGAAUGUUAA